CACAUUAUGGGGAAGUUGAAAGUGAAUUUAUAUAUUUAAUUUGGAUGUAGAAUAUGGCAAUGAAGGAGGUGGUGAAUGGAGAGUAUGAAUUAGCAAAAUUCCUCAUGAAAUCUAAAGUUGAGCUUAUUAAAGACCCACAUGAGAGAUUAGAGGCACAAAUCACUUAUCUUCACAUUCUUAUAUAUCUUGAUGAAUAUGAAGAAGCUCUUGAAAUUCUCACUGUGAUCCAGAAUCACUUUUCUCCAAGUGAUUUCAGACCUUGCCUUUUCAAGGCUAUUGGGCUUACAAUGUUGGGAAAUCACGAAGAUGCAAAAAUUUGUUGGAAAGCUUUCAUGAAAACCAUUGGCAUCAAAGGCUUACCCAACUUCAAUUAAUUAAUUAUGAGGAAAAUCUAUACCCAAACUUUUUAUUUAUAUAUAUAUAUAUAUAGUUGCAGCUUCUCUCUUCACAUCUAAUGCCUCUAAUUAUUCAAUCAUAUAUGUAUUUUAAUUUACAUAUUGUCGUUUGUUUGUGUAUUAUUCUUUCCCAGUGAUAUAUCAAUACAAACUAUUUUUUCUCG